AUGACGUUUUCUGUAUGUGCUGCUUGUCAUGAACCAAUCCAUGAUCAAUGGAUUUAUGAAGUAUUAGAUCGUCUUUGGCAUGGUCAUUGUAUACGUUGUGUUGAUUGUAGUCAAUUAUUAACAGAAAAAUGUUAUACACGUGAUGGAAAAUUAUAUUGUCAUAGAGAUUUUUAUCGACGUUUUUGGUGUCGUCGUUGUUCAGGUUGUUUACAAGAAAUUGGUCAAGGUGAAUAUUAUUUAAGUGCAUGGGAUCAAUUAUAUCAUUGGGAUUGUUAUAAAUGUUGUUUAUGUUUACGUAAAGUAAAUACAGGUGAAGAAAUACAUUUAACAAAUGAUAAUCGUUUCAUAUGUAAAGAAGAUUUUACUGCACGAAUGAAAUGUAAAGAUGAAUAUGACAAUGAUAAUCAUAUUAAAAAUGAAAAUGAUUAUGAUAAAGAAAAUUCAUCAUUUAAAUUACAACAAAUUCAACCAUCAACAUCAACACCUAAUUCAAAUUUAAGUUCAUCUGAUUGUUUAAAAGAAGAUGAUGGUGAUAUUCACAUGUCGGAUUGUUCAUUAGAUUGUAAAGAUGAUGAUCAAAUAUGUUUAGCAAAUACAAAUAAUACUAAUAAUAAUAAUAAUAAUAAUAAUUCUUCAAGUAAUUGUUCAUCAUCAUCAUCAACAUAUCAUCAAAAAAAAUCCAAUCUUGAUAAUACAGAUAAUGGAAAUUCAAAUGGACCAAAAAAACGUGGUCCACGAACAACAAUUAAAACUAAACAAUUAGAACAAUUAAAAUCAGCAUUUGCAGCUACACCUAAACCAACACGACAUAUACGAGAAGAAUUAGCACGUGAAACAGGUUUAGCUAUGCGUGUUAUACAAGUAUGGUUUCAAAAUCGUCGUUCAAAAGAACGACGUAUUAAACAAUCAAUUACAUGCGGUGGAUCACGUCGACAUUAUUAUCGACGUGUGACAUCCGGUCGACCAUUUGAUGAUAAUGAAAUGGUUUCACAUCCUGGUUUAAAUUAUUUACCAGAAGGAUUUCGAAAUGAUUUUAUUUAUCAAGGACCACCACCACCACAAAGUUAUAAUGAUUUUAUUAUGCAACAAGAAUUACAUCAAAGACUUAAUUAUGGACCUACCGGAGAUUUAUCAUAUGCUAUGCAUCAUGAAUUAAAUAGUGGUUCAUCAGCGACAGUACCAGAUUCUUCGGGAGCUGAUUCCGAAGAUUUACAACAACGUUUUAGUUCAACACCACCUUUACCUUCACAGGUGGUCACAACAGGAGGAAGUGCCUUUAGCGAUCAUUCGUGGAAUUAA